AUGUCUUUGUCCAGCACUGAGCUCAAGUGUCAAAUUAAUUUUGCCAUCUACCUGCCUCCCAAGACUGAGAAUGGGAAGUGUCCUGUCUUGUACUGGCUCUCGGGAUUGACUUGCAUGGAGCAGAACUUCAUCACCAAUGCUGGCAGUCAGCCUGAGCAUGGAACCAUCAUCGCUGCACCAGACACCAGCCCACUUACGACCAACCGUGGUUGUAACAUCGAGGGUAAAGAUGAGAGCUGGGACUUUGGCACAGGGGCUGGUUUCUAUGUCAACGCCACCAAGAAGAGCAACUACCGCAUGUACGCCUACGUCAGCUCUCAACUCUCUCAUUUGAUCAAUGCUAACUUCCCCACUGACCAAGAGAAUAUUCACGGAGCCCUGAAGAACCCUGGAAAAUACAAGGCAUGUCUGUGUCUCUUGUUUGCCACCAUCUGCAACCCCAGCCAGAAGGCCUUCAAUGGGUACCUGGGAAAAGACAAGAAAGCCUGGGAGGCGUAUGAUGUCACGGUGCUUGCAGCGUCCUACUCCGGCCCUCUGCUGGACAUCCUGAUCGACCAGGGCAGUGAUGACUAGUUCCUGUCGACCAGUCAUUUGCUUCCUGACAACCUGAUCGCCUCCUGCUCAGAGAACAUCCCUGUGGUGUUCAGGCUGCAGCCGGGCUACGACCAUAGCUACUUCUUCAUCAACGACCACAUUAAGCACCAUGCCAAGUUCCUCAACGCUUAAGACCAUGACUGCUGGACCAGAACCCAACCAGGCGUUCUCCUCUAUGCCUUCUCCUCCCAACUGUGCACCUGCUACUAUGCACCUGUCCCAUACAGAGAGACGUAGGUGCCUGGUGAACUGACAUUAACCUGAUACACCUGGUGAGCUGAAAUGAACACACCUGCUGUGUUGAGUCAAGCUGAGAAAAAGACAAUAGUGAAAGCAGGAUGUUUGUUAAGAGGAGCUUGCUUGCCACCCACAUGGUCACUCCAACUGGAUAAAAAAAAAAUGUUACUCUUUUUGAUUACAUUUGUUUCCAUCUUAUGACCUUAGGCUCACACACUGACAUCUUAGACCAAUACAAAACACAUGUGGACUAAAGACCAAACAUAAGACUGUUUUUUUCAGAUAAGGUCUUUACUCAAAGUGAUGAGAAAUAUAUAGAGUAUUCACAGCAGUUACGGUGACGUUAAAGGGGUGUUUCAUGCAAUCAAAUCCAAAUUGCUGUACAACAAAUACACCAAUUUGACAAAUGGUACAAAAUUGUAUA